GAAAACCUCUCAUCUUUUUUUUUUCCUACCUGUUGGUGCCUCAGGGAAAACAUUUUCUACUUAAGUUGACUCUCACUUUCAAGUGUGCCGUUACAUGCCCUGUUUGCUGCCUGCACUUCUCCACAUAGACUCUCAAAUCUGGCAAAACCGAAUUUAUUUACUUCCUGAAAAAGAAUGCAAUUUGAACUGGCCUUUGUUUUGCACCUUGGGUUGCUCAGCUACACAAAAGCCCAGGAUGAAUGUAGUAGGGGUGCCUGCCAUCCCACCACUGGAAAUCUUUUAGUGGGCCGCAGUGCCCAGCUCAUAGCUUCUUCUACCUGUGGACUGAACAGAGCUCAGAAGUACUGCAUCCUGAGCUACCUGGAGGGAGAACAAAAAUGCUUCAUCUGUGACUCCAGAUUUUCAUAUGAUCCACACACCCAACCCAACAGCCAUACCAUAGAAAAUGUACUCACUAGCUUUGAGAAAGAUAAAGAAAAGAAACGGUGGCAAUCUGAAAAUGGUCUUGAUCAUGUCAGCAUCAGAUUGAACCUUGAGGCAUUAUUUCAAUUCAGCCACCUCAUUCUGACCUUUAAGACUUUUCGACCUGCUGCAAUGUUAGUUGAACGUUCCACGGACUAUGGACACACAUGGAAAGUACUCAAAUAUUUUGCAAAAGACUGUGCUACUUCCUUUCCCACCAUUGCAUCUGGCCAGGCCCAGAAAGUGGGAGACCUUGUUUGUGACUCCAGAUAUUCUGAUAUUGAACCCUCAGCUGGUGGUGAGGUUGUUUUAAAAGUUUUGGACCCCAGCUUUGAAAUAGAAAACCCUUACAGUGCUUACAUCCAGGACCUUGUGACAUUAACAAACUUGAGGAUAAACUUCACCAAACUCCACACCCUUGGGGAUACUUUACUUGGAAGGAGGCAAAAAGAUUCCCUCGACAAAUAUUACUAUGCUCUCUACAAGAUGGUGGUCCAGGGGAGCUGUUUUUGCAAUGGCCAUGCUAACGAAUGUGCGCCAAUGCAGACCAUGCGGGGAGAUGUUUUCAGCCCCUCUGGAAUGGUUCAUAGUCAGUGUGUCUGUCAGCACAAUACAGAUGGACCAAACUGUCAAAGGUGCAAGGAUUUCUUCCAGGAUGCUCCUUGGAGGCCAGCUACAGGCCUGCAGGACAGCACUUGCAGAGCUUGUUGCUGUCAUAGCCACUCUGACCGCUGUCACUUUGACAUGACUGUGUACCUGGCGAGCGGAAGCCUCAGUGGGGGUGUGUGUGAAGAUUGCCAGCACAACACUGAGGGACAGCACUGUGAUCGCUGCAGACCUUUCUUCUACAGGGAUCACCUCAAAGCCAUCUCGGACCCCCAUGUGUGCAUUCCUUGUGAAUGUGACCCUGAUGGGACCAUAUCAGGUGGCCUUUGUGUGAAUCAUUCAGAUCCUGCCUUGGGGACUGUAGCUGGCGAGUGUCUGUGUAAGGAAAACGUGGAAGGAGCCAAGUGUGACCAGUGUAAGCCCAACCACUAUGGGCUGAGUUCUGCUGAUCCCCUGGGCUGUCAGUCCUGCAACUGUAACCCCUUUGGGAGCCUGCCACUCUCCACCUGUGAUGUGGACACAGGCCAGUGCUUGUGCCAGUUGUUUGCUACCGGGCCACACUGCGAAGAGUGUACUGUUGGAUACUGGGGACUGGAAGAUCAUCUCCAUGAAUGUUCUCCCUGUGACUGUGAUAUUGGAGGUGCUAUUUCUAAUGUGUGCUCACCCAGGGAUGGGCAGUGUGAAUGCCGUCCCCAUGUGGCUGGCCGAAGUUGCUCAGAACCAGCCCCGGGUUACUUCUUUGCACCUUUGGAUUACUAUCUCUAUGAGGCAGAAGAAGCUGAGCCACUACAAGGCCUUUUGCCUUUGAUACUAUCAACAGCUUUGCCGACAUGUGAUGUGUAUUUCCAGCAACAAGGAAAUGAUUUUUUAAUUGACAAAGAAAAUAUAGUACUGAGAAGAAAUCAGAAGAAAAACAUACAUAUUCAUGAGCAGAGUAAGGACUUUAUGACUUUCAGCCAGAUGCCUGCUGUUGACAUCAUUUUUCGAGAUCCAAUUCCUUGGGCCCCAGUUACAUGGACUGGACCUGGAUUUGCAAGGGUUCAACCUGGGGCUGGCUUGAGAUUUAUUGUCAGCAACAUUCCCUUUCCCAUGGACUUCAUCAUUAUGAUUCGCUAUGAAACACAGUCUACCACUGACUGGACUGCCCAGAUUGUAGUGAACUCCCCUGAAGGGAGUCAACACUGUACACACAAGAGCCCACAGCAACAGCCUCUACACAGAAGCCCACAGUCUUUCAACUUACCAGCAACUUCCAGAAUCGUGCUACUUCCCAUACCCAUCUGUUUAGAACCAGACAUACAGUAUUCCAUAGAUAUCUAUUUUUCUCAGCCUUUGGAAGGAGGGGCCCACACUCAUUCACACAUCCUGAUUGAUUCUCUUGGUCUGAUUCCACAAAUCAAUUCUUUGGAGAAUUUCUUCAGCAAACAAGAUUUAGAUGAGUAUCAACUGUACAAAUGUGCUGACAUUGCCUCAGAGAUGGUACAUCAGGCUCUCCCCAGUGCUUGUGAGAGACUAGCAGUCAGCAUGUCUGCCAUGCUACACAAUGGGGCCAUGGCUUGCCAGUGUCACCCCCAGGGAUCAGUGGGGUCCAACUGCAGCCACUAUGGGGGCCAGUGCCAAUGUAAACCUCAUGUGACUGGACGCCAGUGUGACAGGUGCUCAGCAGGAAGCUACAGUUUGGGGCAUCACGGCUGUCACUCAUGUCACUGCCACCCUCAAGGUUCAAAGAGCUCUGUAUGUGACCAAAUAACUGGACAGUGUGCCUGUCAUGGAGAGGUGACUGGCCGCCAUUGUGAUCAGUGCCUGUCAGGCUAUUUUGGAUUUCCCAACUGUCACCCUUGUCUCUGUAAUGGGUUCACUGAACUUUGCGACCCAGAGACAGGGUCUUGCUUCAACUGUGGAGAGUUUACCACUGGAAGAAACUGUGAAAGAUGCAUCGAUGGUUACUAUGGAAAUCCUUCUUCAGGACAGUACUGCCGCCCUUGCCAGUGUCCAGAUGUUCCCUCAAGCAAUCAGUAUUUUGCCCAUUCCUGUUAUCAGAAUUCAUGGAGCUCAGAAAUAAUCUGUAGUUGUCUUCAAGGUUACACAGGUAUGCAGUGUGAAGAAUGUUCUGCUGGUUUUUACAGAGAUCCGAGAAUUUCAGGAGCACCUUGCCAGCCAUGUGCCUGCAACAAUAACAUUGAUCUAACAGAUCCAGAGUCCUGCAACAAGGCAACAGGAGAAUGCCUUAGAUGUUUGCACAAUACCCAGGGACCCAACUGUCAGCUCUGCAAACCAGGUCACUUUGGAUCAGCCCUCAAUCAGACCUGCAGAAGAUGCUCCUGUCAUCCUUCUGGUGUGAGUCCCACUGAAUGUCCUCCUGGUCAGGGAGUUUGCCUCUGUGACCCUGACACUGGCACAUGCCCUUGUCUGCCAAAUGUCACAGGUCAGACCUGUGACCACUGUGCUGACGGAUACUGGAAUCUGGUUCCUGGUAAAGGCUGUCAGCUAUGUGACUGUGAUCCCAGGACCUCUCUCAGCAGCCACUGUGACCAGCGUACAGGCCAGUGCACAUGUAAAUUAGGCUAUGGUGGGAGUCGCUGCCAUGAAUGCAAGGAAGAUUAUUACAGUGAUUCAAUGGGGCAAUGCAUUUCAUGUGACUGCAACAAAGAAGGCACCCAGACACCUGUCUGUGACAGGGACACAGGCAUGUGCCUCUGUCGAGUGGGUGUCAGUGGACAGCGAUGUGAUCGCUGUGCCCGGGGUCAUGGCCAGGAAUUCCCUACUUGUAUUAGGUGUCACCUGUGCUUUGAUCAGUGGGACCAUGCCAUUUCUUCUCUCUCCAAAGCGGUGGAAGGGUUAAUUAGACUGACUGCUAGCAUGGAAGAUAAAAGAGAGACCCUGCCUAUGUGUGAGACGGACUUCAAAGGCCUCAGAGAGAACGUGUCUGAAGUAAAAAGGAUUUUGAAACAUCCUGUUUUCUCAUCUGGGGAAUUCUUAAAAGUCAAGGCUCAUCAUGACUCCAUUCGAAAACAAAUAUUGCAGCUAAGUGAGCAAUUAGAAGCAGUCCAUGAAUUUCAAGAUUUUACAGAAACAAUAGGAAAGCUGAGGAAAGCGACAGAUUUAUUAGUUGAAGAUCUUCAGGAAGAAGUUGAUUUGUACAACAGUGCUCGUAAUGCAAACAUCACGGAAUCCUUAAAGAAUAUCAAGCAGUAUUAUCAAAUAUCAUCAUCUGCUGAGGUGAUAGUGAGCAGAACUAUUUCUAUCAUUAAUAACUCUGUAAAAACCAGGAAUGACUCACUUACCAUGGUAGAUGCACUCUCCUCAAAGGGGAAUUUGUCAUUGGAACAAUUAAAGAAGCUAAGGUUACCAGAUAUCCAAAUGCUAAAUGAAAAGGUGUGUGGAGAGCAAGGAGGUCUGCCAUGUGUGCUGUCAUCCUGUGGUGAUCCACGUUGCCAGGGUUCCCUGAACCUCUCCAAGAAUGCCCACAGGAAAGCUCAGAAGGCAGAGUCCAUGAUUCAUAAUUUGAACAACCAGUUUCAAGAUUUGAAGAAUCAGGUUAAAAAUAUAACUGAAUUGACAGAAAUCUCCAAAAACAAUGCCUUACAGCUAAAUGAGAACCUAAGGAAUAUGAAAAACCAAAGUGAAUCUGAAGAAGAAAAAAUACAUUUUUUAAUAAACAAACUGAAAAAAUUUUUGUUAGAGGAAAAUGUGCCUCCAGAGGACAUAGAGAAGAUUGCAAAUCAUGUACUUGGUAUUCACCUACCAAUAAGAUCAGAAAAUCUAACCCAUGAACUUGACAAAAUACAGAAACUCAUACAGCUCUGUGAGGACUACAGAACAGAUCAAAGCAGGCUAAUUAAAGCAGAAGAUCAAGCCCAAAAUAUUUUGAUGCAAGCAAAAGUGGCUGAGAAAACAGCAAGUAUACUGUUAUAUCUUGACAAAAUGGUGGACAAGUUUAAACAAGUUCAAGUCACUCAAGGACGGGCAAAUUCUACCAUCACACAGCUGACUUCUGAGAUAACAGAAAUUAAAAAGAAUAUAUUGCAGGCUGAAUACCAAGCUGAAAAAACUGAGAAUGAGCUGAACAUAACAGGGUCACUCUCAGUGCUAGAAAAUGGACUAUCUCAGCUAUGGACAAAGCUGCAAAAGAAUCAAGACCAAGCCAUCCACGCGAAAGUUCAAGCUGAAUCAGCCAAAAGCCAGGCUGAUGGCAUUGAAGAGGGAUUCUUUAAGCUACAAAGUCAGUAUGCUGUUCUUCAACAUAAGACAAGUGCUACAGGACUGACUAAAGAAAUACUCAGAAAAGUGAAGCAGCUAAAAGAUGCAGCAAAAAAAUUGGUUGGAGAUACAGAAGACAAGAUAAAAAGAAUAGUAGAUUUAGAACAGAAGAUACAUGAUUUGAAUCUAAGAAGACAAGAAAAAGCUGAUCAACUGAAACAGCUGGAAGAUAAAGUCCUUGCCAUUAAAAAUGAAAUUGUUGAGCAAGAAAUUAAAUAUGCCACCUGUUACAGUUAGGAAGCAUUAAAGUGCAAAAUUGGA